AUGGCGCCUCAGAAGCCCGAAACUUUCAUGCUGAGUACUGAGGCUCAGCAAGCUCUGCCUCAUGAUGCUCAAGUCGCCCUGCAGCAAGUUGACAACUUGAAGUACUUCCUCAUCUCAGCCCCUGUCGACUGGCAGCCCGAUCAGUACAUUCGCCGAUUCUUGCUGCCAACUGGCGAAUACGUCUCUUGCAUUCUCUGGAACAAUCUUUUUCACAUUUCUGGUACAGAUAUCGUGAGAUGCUUGUCGUUCCGAUUCCAGGCUUUUGGCCGUCCUGUCAAAAACUCCAAGAAGUUUGAGGAGGGUAUCUUCUCCGACUUGCGAAAUCUCAAGUCUGGAACGGACGCUUCUCUGGAGGAGCCAAAGAGCGCCUUCCUCGACUUUCUCUACAAGAACAACUGCAUCCGAACACAAAAGAAGCAAAAAGUCUUUUACUGGUACAGUGUCCCACACGACCGUCUGUUUCUUGACGCGCUGGAACGCGAUCUUAAGCGUGAGAAGAUGGGUCAGGAAGCCACCACCGUUGCUGUCAGCGAACCGGCUCUGUCUUUUCAAUACGACUCAUCUCAGUCGCUCUAUGAGCAACUGACUAAAGCGCAACAGGCCAACUCAUCCUCUUUCAGCGCUCAGCAGUCUGCUUUCUCUCAGAGCCAGUCCACCUCCCCAGUUAUGCGUGCGAUGGACUCGAUGCCUCCUCCCCCGACAAUGAUGCCCCAGUCCAUGCCCCCUUUGGCGGAGGGGAUGGACGCAAUGGUACCUUACGGGACGAUGGCGGUGCCUCACCCAAUGGCCCAAGCCGUCCCUGUCAAGAGGGAACCUGAUUUCACCCGUGUUCAGUACAACCAUAAUGGUGUCCCAAUCACUCAAGGGCACCAGCGUCAUGCCUCCAUGCCUGCCUAUGGUCUCGAGUAUUCGCCUGCCCCUUCAUUCGUGUCGUCUCAGUAUGAGGAUUACAGCAACCGAGGAAUAUCUUUUGAACCCAUCACCCCCCCUCAACAGGCUUUGGGUAUCUCGGCUGAGCCCGCAUAUAUCGCCAAUGAAGAGACAGGCCUGUACUCGGCCAUUCCUGACCAUAUGGCUAGCAUGAACGGUCUUAACGGCAUGGUUCAACUACCACCUUCCAACUUGGCGGGCCCUCAGUUCUCUCGUCCUUACGGUACAAACAACGUCUACUCUGUGAUCGAAGGUUCACCGACAUAUAAGCAGAGAAGACGGCGUUCAUCCAUUCCUCCAUCUAUGUCGGCAAUUUCGACCCCCGCUGCUACUGCCCAAGCAGUCUCUCACACACACACCCACCGGCCUUCUGAGCUUCGCCGAUCAAUUUCUGCUUCAGUUGGCCCUGUAGCUGAAGGUGAUGAGUCGGCAGACAACUCACCCCCCGGCCUCUCCUACAGCACCUCCGCAGUUUCUGUUAACACCCAACACCACCAGAACAUGUCAAGGCACGGAACCCCCCUGUCUGCUGUGGAAGGAAGCCCUGCUGCUCACUCAAUGGGUAUGCACCAGCAAGAGUUUCCCCAUCUUGCUGGCGAGGAAUUUUCUGGCGAUGUCAAUGAUCAGCGGCGUUCUGUUCCUGCUCCCAAUGGCGCUGUCAGACGUGCUCGCUCCGCAACCGUCAUGGAAGUCGGUCCAUAUCCUCAGAAGUCGCACUCUUGCCCCAUCCCCACCUGUGGCCGUCUUUUCAAGCGUUUGGAACAUCUCAAGCGACACAAGCGUACUCAUGGCCGUGAAGAUGGCGGAGAUGGUUCCUUGAACCUGUCAGGCGAGGAAGAUGAGGAUUUCUCUGGUGACGACCACCUUGGCUCACUCGAAGAAGCUUCCCCACACUCUGAUAGCGCCUAUGUGACCGGCUCCCUCAACGCUGCUGCGCAUGGCUCAACCCCACCUUCAAGUAUGGCACCCACGCCAUCAUAUAAUAGUCUCGAGACUCUCAGCAUGCCCAUGACAAUGAGUCAACCGGCUGCUAUCAACGCCAGCGGUAUGAUGUAA